AUGAGAAGUGAUGAAUACCUUGAUAAUAACAAUGAAAAACAUAAAUUCAUUUCACAUGAAGAAAACGUUCUCAUUAAAAUUCAAGACACAUCCAAAACACAAAACCAACAUAUUCUAAGAAAAUAUGUUAACGAUGAUGACGCAAGUAUAGAUUUAUCUGAAUUAUCGAAAUUGACAACUAGUAUAGACUGUAUCUUAAAUAGCAAACAAUCAUCUUGUUUCAAUUUAACCACCAAAUUUAAAGGAUAUUUAUUUGAUAAUAAUUAUAUUAAGAGUGCUUUUAAACAAGCAUUCACAAUUCACAUUGACAAGAUUGAAUCAAAAAUUCAAAUAAAUAAUAUUAUUGAAAAAGUGGAAAAAUGUGAUAACAAAUUAGAAGCUUUAUUCAAACGAAACCUUAUGUCCUGCAAAAAUAUUUCGAACAUCUUGCCUUGUCUUUCUGUUUUUCUUGGAGUACCGUUGCAUAAUUCCCACAGAAUUUUUAAUCAUAUAGCAACCACAAAAUGUUCAUAUAGAAUAUGGGAAAAAGAAGAGCUUAUCAUUUCAAAACAAAGUAUCAAUCCUACAAAUGAUUUCAUUGCAGAAGUUAAAAGGGCAUUAAAAUGUGAAAAUAAAGAGACACAACUUCGUAGAGUAGCAGAAAAAUAUGGUACCUUUUACGCACGUCGUCUUGUCUUCGGAGGGGCUGUAAUUAAGGAAACAUUUAGUGAAGGAUUCAUAAAUACUAAUGACAAUCAAGUUCGAAUCAUCGGUGGAAUUAAAGAAAAUAAUGGGUUUUCUUUAAAAUCUUGGAUUAGAUCUCUUGACAAUCGUGAUGUUUGGGAAAUUAUUGAAUAUGAUGAAAUCUAUUCAAUUUUUGAUUUAUUGGAUGAUAAUUUACAGAAAGAAAUCUUUGAUGCUCUUGGUCACCGCAUUUUAAAAGCGGGUAUCAAUGAUAUUCCAUCAAAUUGGGAUUUUUCAAAGAAUGUAACAUAUGUUCAUUCACUAGCCAUGCAAUUUGCGGACUUAGACAAACUCAUAAAGAUAAAUGAUUGUUAUAUUUUUGCUUCAAUUAUUGACAAGAAUGAUAGAGAUAGUUUUUCUUUACGAAUAGGUUAUAUGAAUGAGCAUAUUCCUUUAAUCAUAGUUCAUCUUAAAAAGCCUCUACACAAAAAAUACAAAAAUUCUCAAAUAAGAGUCGGAUGGGUUAUUGUUGGCCAGCCUAUCAAUUUUGAUUUUGAUCAAACAAAUUAUCCAGUGAUACUUGAAAGUGGUGAACCUCCUAUAUCUCAAAUAGAAUUUUCCAAAGAUGGAAAUUUGAAUACCUGCGUGCUUGGGAUACCAGAAAUUAAUUCUAACUGCUUAACGGACUUGUCUGUUUAUGAUAUAAAAGAUAUAAAUCAAUUAGUGGAUGAUGAAAAGGUUUUACAGAGAACAGCUUUAUUCUGCUGUUUUGACAAUAUAGACAAAUCAUAUCAAACAUGUGAAUUUGAACAAAUAAUUAUUAACUGGCAGCAAGAGCAAAAUAUGAUUCAAUCUGAUGCAUCUGGCUAUCAAAAUUUUAACCCGAAUGAAGAACGACUUGUAAAGCCACAAGGCAGUAGAUCAGCUGCUCUCAUUGACGAU